AUGGACGAUAUUGUGCAACAGUUGUCAGCACUCCAGAGUGCUACACUUGUCGGCGAAGAUCCCGUCACGUGCUGUGCAUAUUUUCACACGUUGGUAAACAUCUUUCUGCGCCCCCUGUCAUCGACCAGGUUGAGCCCGUUCGGCAAAUACCACGUUGUAGAUUAUUUUAAGAGGAUCGAGUUCCAGCAUCGUGGCAGCCCGCAUGCACAUAUUCUGCUCUGGCUGGCGAACGAUCCCCGUGAGGAUGUUUCCGAAAGAAUGCCCGCUACUGUUGAGUUGAUCGAUUUUCUGUGCUCCAUCAGAUCGGAAGAUCUGCCUGAGACCUAUGGCAAUCAGGUUCAUAAACACACGUUUACGUGUUUCAAGCGAAACGAUAAACGUUGCCGGUUUAAUAUUCCGUACUGGCCAAUGGAUCAAACCAGAAUUCUGAUCCCCAUUACAGCCGGGGAUGGCCGACUUCAACAGCUAAACAGAAAGGCAGCAAAAAUGCGGGAAGCUCUUGAAACGAAGGUCUACGAUAGCCUUGACGCGUUUCUCGUUGAUAGCAGUUGCACGUACGAUUACUACUUGGACGUGAUUCGCUCUUCCAUUCGCCGACCAACAGUUCUGCUGAAACGUUCCAUGACGCAGCUUUGGACCAAUCCAUUCAAUCCUUGGAUCGCUGAGAAGCUCAAAUCCAAUAUGGAUUUGCAGUUUGUGCUGGAGGAGUUUUCAUGUGCUGCUUAUGUUGUGGAAUACGUAAACAAGACCAACAGAGGCAUAAGUAGUUUACAUCGUGACCUCAUAAAGCUCCAGGAAGAGCAUCCAGACCAGGACUACAAUGGAUUGUUGAAGAAGGAGGCUGCUUGGUAUUUGCUUCGGCAACCGAUGUCAGAAGCCAGCCGCAAGGUUGAGUUUAUUGCGACAAUGUGGCCACAAGAGCGAAUAAAAUCCAAGAAGCGGAACAAACAGAUGGACGAAGAGGAUCUCGACGACAAUUCCACCGAUGUGUGGACGCUAAACAUCAUCCAACGGUAUGAACUGCGCCGAGGAAUGGAUGAUAUCUGCUUGGCGGAUUUCGCAGCAUAUUAUUCGGAAGAAAGAUCCACGAAGCAUUCAUAUAGACUCCGUUUAGUUCCCCGUGUAUUGCGUUGGUGCUCAUACAGUAUGGCGGAAAUGGUCGACUAUAAGCGUGAGAUGGUUCUCCUCUUCCUACCGUUCAGGAAUGAAGUCUGCGAUGUACUUGAUCGGAACAAGUUCCUGAAGUUGUAUGAAGACAACGAGGCCGCCAUUUUGGCAAAGCACAAGGAGUAUGACUGCGAAAUGAACUUGGAUCAGGUUGUGGAGGAAUACAUCCGCAUAUGCAGCGAAGACGACGAGCAGCAGGUGAUUGCCGACCAGAAGCGCGAUGAGUUCGUCCGCACGAUCGUCAUGGAGCCGAAUGAUGACGAUAUUCACAACUUGCCAACAGGACCCUUGGCAGCUGUCGUCAAACAGCGAUCAAAUGUCUUGUCAAAGCAAGAAUAUUGUGAAAUGGUGCGUGCCACGAAUGCAGAGCAGCGGGAUUUGAUUGUGCAAGUAAUCCACAGCUUGCAUUCCUCUGAAGAAAACUGCAAACCAGUGCAAAUAUUCUUCACUGGCCCGGCGGGCUGUGGCAAAACGUUCACUUUGCGCAUUCUAAUGGAGACAGUGAACCGGUACAGCCAAGCUCAUAAUAAGCAGCACAACGCUUAUGUAGCAUGCGCAUCCACUGGAAAAGCAGCGGUUGCAAUAGGUGGAACAACAGUGCAUUCCGCAUUCCGGAUUUGCAUGUCGCGUAGGCAAAGCUCAAAGCUGAGUUUCGAGGCAUUACAACUGUACCGGAACGCCUUCGCCAACGUGAAGCUCAUCAUUAUCGACGAAACAAGCAUGCUGGGUGCUGAUGUCCUCAACACAGUACAUGUCCGGCUUCAAGAAAUCACGGGGAACUACGACGAUCCAUUCGGUGGAAUGCCGAUCGUAUUUUGCGGCGAUCUUCGUCAAUUGCCACCGGUCAAUGCGCGGGCGGUGUUUAAACCGAGCAUAAACUCCAUGCAUGGCGCCGUUUUAUGGCAAUCUCUCGACUUCUACCCAUUGGUUCAAGUUAUGCGACAAACCAACGAGCAGUUCUCCGGCAUUCUCACAAAAUUGGCAACGGUGAGCGGAUGUCGUCUGAGGAAAUCGAGCUUAUUGAAAGCAGGUUCCGUACGGAGGAGUGGUGUCGGCAGCAUGUCCCUCGAGGGAUCCGGUUAUUCCAUCGGAACGCUGAUGUCGAACGGUAUAACUCUGUGGCGUUGA